UAAUGUGCUCAACUUUUGCUAGGCGGCGCAAGUAGUAACUCUAUGACAGAUUUUAUUUGGUGCAUAAAAUUUCAUGGCGUGAUUCAGUUUCAAGCUCUAAAUUGUUUGUUUUUCGAAACUUUUAUUUUUGAAAAGUUUUUAAAAAUCAAAAUUAAUAACGAAAAAAGUGCACAAACAAGUAUUUGUGAAAUUAAAUCACAAAAUUACUAAAUCCGUGACGUAAACAGUCCAAACACAAACCAAACAGUCUACCGAAAUGCCUAGAAAUUGUUGUGUCCCCCAAUGUUCUAAUGUAUUCAAGAAAGGAAGUGGGCUUAAAUGCCAUGAAUUUCCAAAAGACGUGAAAAGAAAAUCGAAAUGGAUUAACGCCAUCAAAAUUGGUCGCCGGCCUUCUUCAAGAAUGGUAGUUUGUGGAGAGCAUUUUGACGCGAGCGACUAUUUCACAUCUCAGUCUAGAAUUAGUCAGCUCUUAAAAGCAAAAGCAUUUCCACAUCUUAAGCUGCCGACCACUACAUUGCAACGAUUAAGUGCACCGAAGAAAGAAAGACGUGUAUUGAAACGCCAAGUCGUUGACCGUGUUGACCAAGUUGAUGAUAUUCCGAUGGAAUAUUCCGAAGUGGAAAUGGAACAGGAACUGCAGAUGAAUGAGGAAUGCUGCCAAACAAGUGAACUGGAAUUCGAAGAUAAAUUCUGCCAAACAACGGAACUGGAAUUCGAAGAUAAAUUCUGCCAAACAACGGAACUGGAAUUCGAAGAUAAAUUCUGCCAAACAACGCAAUGCCGACGUGCUGACGUUGAUACUCAAACACCAAAGGUAGAUUCACCACACGAAUUUUAAUGGUUUUGUAUUAUUUAGUGACUUUUUUGUACAAAGAUCAGCACAGAAACGCAUGCCACCCAGACAUUCACUCAAAGACUCAUCGAUUUCCAAUCAUUGAGCGACAACGACAUUAAGUAUUUGACCGGUUUGGAUCGGCCACGUUUCGAAGUGGUGUUUCAAAUGUUGGAAAAGUUUAAUCCAAUCAGCGACAACAACAAAUUUUGCAGACGUGAGGCUUUGGUAUUGAUGCUGUUCAAAAUUCGUCAUAAUUUGGACUACAAGAUGAUGGAAUUCAUAUUCAAAGUCAACAGGCAAGAUAUUUCAGCCAAUUUUAAAGAGGUCACAGAGAAACUUUACGAUGUUUUGCGUCAAGUGAAUAUUUGGGAUACAUCAUACAUUAACUGUCAGUGCUACCGAUGCAUAUUAGAUUGCACUGAAAUAUUUGUGGUCCGAGUCGAAGAUCCCAAUACCCAUCAACUGACAUUCUCAUCUUACAAACAUCGGCCAACUUUCAAAGUGUUAGUCUCUUGCGAUGAACGAGGAGCAGUCAAUUUCAUUUCCGAUUUGUUUGUCGGAUCGAUUUCAGACAGAGAAAUCAUUAUCAAAAGUGGCAUUCUCGAAAAACUAAAACGCGGUGACUCUAUUCUUGCGGAUAGAGGGUUCGACAUAAGCGAUUUAGUAGAAACCAAAGGCGUCACUCUGAACAUACCUCCUUUUUUGAAAGGAAGAAAGCAGUUUAGCCAUUACGAGGUUAUGAAAACAAGAAUCAUUGCGAAUCGAAGAAUUUUGAUUGAGAACGUAAAUGGUCGAGCAAAAAAAAAUAAAAUUUUAGUCGAUCCGAUGCCUGAAUGCCUUUGGCCGCUUGCUAAUAAAAUUGUUUACAUCUGUUUCAGUUUGAUUAAUCUCUACAAUCCGCUCGCAAAGUAAAUGAUCAAUUUUUGUGAAGAUUUGUUUAAGUUGAAAAUAAAGUCACAUCUACGGUUCUGAA